CACACAAAAGAAAAAUAAAUUCCUCCUGCGAGUAUCGGCUUGCUGCUUCCACAUGACAAAGUUUGAAUCUUUUGUUUUCAUUUCAUGUCUAGAAAGUGGUAAAGAUAUUUCCACACUCACAGUAGAAGCUUGCACGCAAACUCCUCUCUGCUUUCUCUCUCUACUGUUUUGUCUCUCUCUGAAAACAUCCCCUGAUAGAAACAAACCAGAAAAGUUGCUAUAAGCUAAACCGAGAAAAGAAGAAAAAUCAUCAUUGAACUACUAAUAUGGCUUUAAUUGUCUCUGCUUCUUGCAUACCCAAGUCUUUACUAUCACCAACAUCAACAAACCAAACCCAUUCCAAAGACUCUAGCUUUUUGUUUAACAGAAAUUUUAUUAGUGAAAAACUGCCAAAAAGAACCCAAAACUUCUCUCGUCUACAUGUGGCAGCACCACCAUCACCAUCACCAUCUAUACAGAAAGAAGAGGAAGGAGAAGAAGAGUAUAGAGUUGAUGAUGAGAGUGGAGAGGAGAGUUCUGAUUCGAAAUUCUCCUGGCGGGACCAUUGGUACCCGGUUUCUUUGGUUGAAGAUUUGGACCCUAGGUUGCCAACCCCAUUUAAGCUUCUAGGUCGAGACUUAGUUCUCUGGUUUGAUAAGGCCAAUCAAGAAUGGGUUGCAUUUGAUGACAAGUGUCCCCAUAGGCUUGCUCCUUUAUCUGAAGGCAGGAUUGAUGAAAAUGGGCAUUUGCAAUGUUCAUACCAUGGAUGGUCAUUUGAUGGAUGCGGAUCUUGCACAAGGAUUCCUCAGGCCUCGCCUGAAGGUCCUGAAGCUCGUGCAGUCAAGUCCCCAAGGGCUUGUGCAACCAGAUUUCCGACAAUGGUGUCCCAAGGUCUUCUCUUUGUUUGGCCGGACGAAAAUGGUUGGGAAAGAGCUCAGGCCACCAAGCCACCAAUGUUACCCGAUGACUUCGAUAGACCUGAGUUUUCAACAGUUACAAUUCAGCGUGAUUUGUUCUACGGCUAUGAUACACUCAUGGAGAAUGUCUCUGAUCCUUCUCACAUUGAUUUUGCUCAUCACAAGGUCACAGGAAGGAGAGAUAGAGCGAAGCCUUUGCCAUUUAAGUUGGAGGGUAGCGGCCCUUGGGGCUUUGCUGGGGCUAAUGAGGGAAAUCCACGGAUCAGCGCAAAGUUUAUUGCACCCUGUUACUACAUCAACAAAGUAGAGAUAGAUACAAAACUGCCUAUAGUUGGCAACCAGAAAUGGAUAAUAUGGAUCUGUUCCUUCAAUGUCCCAAUGGCACCUGGGAUUACCCGCUCAAUUGUUUGUAGUGCUCGUAACUUCUUCCAGUUCACAAUGCCAGGUCCUGCCUGGUGGCAGGUGGUUCCAAGAUGGCACGAGCACUGGACCUCAAAUAAGGUGUAUGACGGAGACAUGAUUGUUCUUCAAGGUCAAGAGAAGAUUUUCCUUUCCAAGUCAAAAGAAGGAUCUGCUGAUAUAAAUCAGCAAUACACAAAACUCACAUUUACACCCACUCAAGCAGAUCGCUUUGUCUUAGCGUUUCGCAAUUGGCUCAGGCGACAUGGUAACAGCCAACCCGAGUGGUUUGGAAAUACCAAGCAACCUUUGCCAUCAACUGUCCUAUCAAAACGUCAGAUGUUGGAUAGAUUUGAACAGCAUACACAGAAAUGCUCAUCAUGUAAAAGUGCCUACUCUGCAUUCCAGAUAUUGCAGAAAGUUCUAAUUGGUGCAACUGUUGCUUUCUCCGCUACAGCUGGUAUUCCUUCAGAUUUGCAAUUUAGGGUUUUAUUGGCUGGACUUGCAAUUGUAAGUGCUGGCUUGGCCUACAUUUUGAACCAACUUGAAAAAAACUUCGUAUAUAUUGAUUAUGUACAUGCUGAAAUUGAUUAAGAGAAGGAAAGAUAGAAACUUUGUAUAUUGUUAAACUUACAAAUUAGAGGAUUCAUAACAGUUUUUGCAAUUUACAAACAAAAUUAUAGGUCUAUAAACUUGUAAAAGUUUCUAAUCAGUUCCAAUGAAAAUUAUUUCAGUUA